GCUCCCGCGCUGCGCUCCCUGCGCUGCGCUGCGCUGCGCUGCGCUCCCCCCGCUCUGCACCGCUCCGCACGCAGCAUGUCAGCAGCGCAAACUCAAAAUGGACAUCAGGGUCUUUCUUAAGUAGGAAGCUUGAGCUUUUUAGAUAUGCGUCUUUUGACUAAGUAACGUGACUUGCUAAAUGGAUGAAGAGGCUCUGGGCUUGCUCACGCUGUCACUGACUCCGAUUUUUAUCCAUAUUUUAGACCCUUAAGUUUUUCACGAUCAGACCAGAUCCCUUUAAAAAAAUAAGCAGCGAGAAGAACCUGUCUCGUUAAGUUAGCCUUUUGCCAAAAAGUACAUUGUGAUGAUCAUGCCAUUCUUCAGAGCGGUUUAGCUUUCUGAAAUGUUCAUUUCUGAUUUCUUAAAUUGAGUCCGAUAAGUACAGAGCACAGCUCAAUCCAGGCUUCUGUUUUUCUUUCCUGUCAAUUCCAAAAUGCCAUCCAAAGAGCCUUGGUCAGGGCAAAAAGCUAACAGAGCUACAGUUCACAACUCAAAGCAAGAGAGCCGUCAACAAGAUUUAUUGAUAGCAGCCUUGGGGAUGAAACUGGGUUCUCAAAAGUCAUCUGUGACAAUCUGGCAACCUCUUAAACUCUUUGCUUAUUCGCAGUUGACAUCACUUGUCAGAAGAGCAACUCUGAAAGAAAAUGAACAUGUUCCAAAAUAUGAGAAGAUUCAUAACUUCAAGGUGCACACGUUCAGGGGCCCGCACUGGUGUGAAUACUGCGCCAACUUUAUGUGGGGCCUCAUUGCUCAGGGAGUAAAAUGUGCAGAUUGUGGUUUAAAUGUGCACAAGCAAUGUUCCAAGAUGGUCCCAAAUGACUGCAAGCCAGACCUGAAGCACGUCAAAAAAGUGUACAGCUGUGACCUUACGACGCUAGUAAAAGCACACUUCACUAAGAGACCAAUGGUAGUAGACAUGUGCAUUAGAGAAAUUGAAUCUAGAGGUCUUAAUUCUGAAGGACUAUACAGAGUCUCAGGAUUCAGUGAUCUUAUUGAAGAUGUCAAAAUGGCAUUUGACAGAGAUGGGGAAAAAGCAGAUAUUUCUGUGAAUAUGUAUGAAGAUAUCAAUAUUAUCACUGGUGCACUUAAACUGUACUUCAGGGAUUUGCCAAUUCCACUUAUCACAUAUGACGCCUACCCAAAGUUUAUAGAGUCUGCAAAAACCACCGAUCCGGAUGAACAGCUGGAAAUUCUCCAUGAGGCACUGAAACUACUGCCACCUGCACACUGUGAAACUUUAAGGUAUCUCAUGGCACAUCUGAAGAGAGUAACGCUUCAUGAAAAGGAAAAUCUCAUGAGUGCAGAGAAUCUGGGCAUAGUUUUCGGACCAACUCUUAUGAGAGCGCCAGAACUGGAUGCGAUGGCUGCAUUGAAUGACAUCCGUUAUCAGAGACUUGUGGUGGAGAUGCUUAUAAAAAAUGAAGACAUUUUAUUUUGAAUAUUUUGGGGGUUUUGUAAUAAAAAAGGAAGCAACAGUGUUCUAUGGAUGAAGGAAUAUUUUAAAGUAAUUUAAUGGCUCUUGUAGCUGAAUUCCAUAUUUGCUAGAGCUUUUGAUGUAUUCAGGAUAAAAAUGAAGGAACUCUUUGUCGUUUCUGUAGUGCCAUUCAGCUGAUGUUGAAAAAAGGUUAACACAUACUUUCCAGUACUAGUAAUCCUGGGUGUUUAUCAUGUUAAAAUAUAAAACAAAAAAAACUAAAGCUAUUGCAUGAUUGGCUCCCUGUUCUCCCUGUUCUGGUGAGAAUCAUUCCAUGAAGGAAACAACUGAACUGGUGCAGCAUCUUUGUUCUGGAUAGUUUGUGGUUGUAAUACAGCAUGUUUCUCCGUGUAAACCUGUUGUGAAUUUGCUUUUACGUUCUAUGUAAUUGGUUUCUGAUACUAAAAAGAACACCGACUUACGUGAAAUGGAGCCUCUGGCAGCUCAUUGACGUUUCAUAUCAUUCUCUGCCACUUUUUUGGCUGAUUUCUUCUUGGGUUUCUUCUGUUUUUUCAUCAUAUAGUAAUUUGUUUUUAACAGAAACAAAAUGUGUAUUUUAAAUGUUAUUUUAAGUAAUUCUCCAUGAUGUUUAUGGUGGUUGCAGUGAAUCUGCAAUGCUGAGCAGUGUUCCUUUAUUAUUAUUGCUAUUUCAAUUGUAAUUUUGUAUUUUUAUCUGGCAUGCAUAUAUUAAUUUAUUAAAAUUUGCUUUAGAACUCUA